GGCCUCGCAUAAGCUCCCACAAAAAAUAGCCUACGCCUGAGUCUCCUCUCACUCUCUCCUCUGCAGGUUUUCCAUUAUCGAACCGACCCUCGAAUUAGGACGGAUGGAGAGUGCUAGAAUAGCAAGGUGUAGUUAUUGUUCAUUAACUGUUGUCAUUGCAUUGUCUGAAAAUAGUAAAUAUUUGGAUAUUUGUAAUGAGAUAUGCUUAAGGUUUAAGGAACUGAAAGUGGGGAGCUUUGACCUGACGUAUUCUCUUCCUGACCACCCUAAUUGUUUGCUACAAUCUGAUAUGGAUUUGCAUAUGAUGUUGAUGUGUUUAACAAUGUUGAAGAUUAGUUUUGUUGAUAUAUUGGUGAAGGAUCUUGUGAGUUCAAAUAAUGAUAAUGGUGAUCAAAAGUGUGAAGAGUCUGAUCAUACAGCGUCUAAUCAUGCAAUGUCUAAUCGUGAAGUCUCGAAUCGUACAGCACCUUUAUCAUGCACAUUAGAAAGUCGUAGUGCCAUUGAUGAGAAUGACCAUUUUGGGGACUCCAGGUUGGAUGGAGGCAAUGCCUAUUUGUCUCAGUACUGGAAGGAAUAUAUUAGUCAUGACGGUCAGAGAUUUGAGGGGGGUGUAACUGAAUUUCGUAACAAGUUGUGUAAGUAUGCUGCUCAUAUGAGAUUUCGUAUUGCUUAUGUAAAGAAUGAUAAAGAACGUGUCCUUGCUGAAUGUUUUAAGAAGAUUUCAGAUGGUUGUAAUUGGCGUAUAUAUGCUUCUCUAUGUCGAGGGAAUGGUUUUUUCUACGUAAGGAGUCUGAAUAAUGUUCACACAUGCACGCCUGUUGUCGAUGAACAGAAAAGUAAGAUGAUGAGUUCAAGGGUUGUAUCUUCUGUUCUUGUGGAUCAAAUCCGCGAGAAACCAACAAUUAAACCAGCAGAUAUUGUCAAGGAUUUUAAGCAAAAAUAUGGUCUUGAUAUCUCUUACCAUAGUGCUUGGCACGGGAAAGAAUUGGCUAAGAGUGAGGUUCAUGGUAAUGAAUCCUUGUCUUAUAAUCAGUUAGUUCAGUAUAGAGAUGCUUUAAUGUCAACUAAUCCAGGGUCACAUUGUGUCUUGGAGUGUGAUCCAACAACUUCUCGCUUUCAAAGAUUGUUUAUUUGCUAUGGUGCUUGCAUUGAGGGAUUUAGAUGGUGCAGACCUUUGCUGUUCAUAGAUGCAACCUAUUUUAAAAGUAAGUAUAAGGGGCAGCUAAUUGGUGCUACAGGGAGGGAUGGAAAUCAAGGAUUUUUCCCAUUUGCUUUUGCUAUCUUGGACUCAGAAAACGAGGAAAACUGGAGGUGGUUUUUUGAAAAUUUAGCUAAAGUUUUGACUCCACAAGGUAGGACGAUUACUUUUGUAUCUAAUCAUAACAGAGGUGCGACCGAAGAUGUUUCAAACAUAUUUCCAACAUCCCAUCAUGCAUUUUGUUUGAAUGAUAUGAAACAGAACCUCUCAUCUAAAUAUCCGGCUAAUUUUGGUAAAUUUUUUCGGGAUCGAAUUGUUGAGCUUUUUACGAAAUGCGUAUAUGCUCCAACUGAAGCUGCUUUUGAGUUUAAUAUGAAAAAUUUAAAAGAUGAAGGCGGUGCUCCUAUGAAGACCUUUCUAGAAAAUUUCCCCAAGGAGAAUUGGUCAUAUGCCUAUUUUAAGGGUAAUCGAUAUGGUGACAUGUGCAGCACUGUUUCUGAAUCAUUUCAAUCUUGGAUUUCGGAGCUUUAUGGGCUGCCUAUUUGUCAAAUGGUUGAUGGCAUCAGGAUUAAACUCAUGGGACUGAUGUCUCAAAGGAGUUGUGAAGCAAAGGAAUGUUGUUCUAUUCUCUGUCCUGUGAUGGAGAAAACCUUGAACGAAAUGUCGAUUGUUGGUCGGCAUUCGAAUGCUAUCCGUUCUAGUGCUUCUGUUUUUGAGGUUCAUGCUGAAGGUUCUUUUCUGGUUGAUUUGGAUAAGCAUUUUUGCUCCUGUCAUGAGUGGCAAAUAAAAGGCUUUCCCUGUGCUCAUGCAGUUGUUGCUGUUCAAAAAAAUUCGGGUUGCAUAUAUGAAUACAUUGAUGAUUAUUUCAAGUUGAACUAUUUUAGAAGUUCAUAUGCAACUCUUAUUUCUCCCAUACCUGACAUUAAGGAUGCGGUGCAUGGGUGUUCAGAUGAUAUUGUUAUCCUUCCUCCACUUACUAGGCAGCCAGGGACUAAAAAGAUGAAAUCUGCUGGUGAGUUUUCAAGGGCUGUUACAUGCAGUCGAUGUGGUGCAGUUGGACGGCAUAAUAAGAAGACAUGUACUGCAAAUAUGUGAUUCUGUUUUGCGGUGUUUAUUUAUUUAUUAACCUUUUCAACUUUUUUAGGUUCAUAUUUGCAUGAUUCUAGAGUUGUUAUUCGAUUGUUAAGAUAUAACACAAUCACUUAAGCAAAAGGUAGAGCACAAGCCACAGAGCCACAAUCAUAACAGUACUUCACAUGAUAGAACACAGAACCGUGCAUGGUUAUGUCAGGUUUCCUUUCGAAGAAAGUACCUUUUA